GGGUGAAUGGGAGGGUCCAUUUAUCCUGAACAGAAACCAUCCUCCACUUUCCUCUUCCUCCUCCUCCUCCCACCUAGACUGAGCUGACUCCAUCUUGGUCGACUCUCUAGCCUGUCUGUUUAUCACUCUCUCCAUGCCUUCCCCGCUCCCUCCUCCUCCUCCUCCUCUCGUCAUUGUCCGUAAUAGACGACGCGGCGGCAGCAAGCAGCAACGUGCAGCAGCGGCGGCGGCGGCAGCAGCAAGCAGCUCGUUCUCUUUAUAAACCCCGCUGUAUUGCCCGGAUGUGAAUGGAUUACAAUGUAUCUUUCAGGGAAACAUAUUAUUACCAAUGUCUCCAUGGAGGAGUCAAUGAUGAUGAUGAGGAGCGAGCUGUAAACUUGGAACAAGUUUAAGACUUUAAAAAAAAAAAUAACCGAGGAAGGACAGAGGGAACACAUCCCACCACCACCAAGAUUUGUAAUAGUUUGUGAAUAACCAUGUGUUUAUAAACACAAAAGAGGGAAAAGUUACUUGGAUUUUUUUGGCUGGCUUUUAUUUUUGUUCUGUUUGGGUGGGAAGAUUUUGUGACACUUGUUUCGUGGUGGUGAAUCCAAAAAACAAAAACAAAGCCAGGUGCAGAGUUCGUUUAAAUCGGUGAAUAACCCUGGACCAGGACUGAGAACCAGUUAAAGUACUUUUUUUUGUUUUGUUUUGGCGGGGGGGGGGGUCAAACCUAUGUGAGCUAAUAAAGCACUUUCGCAGAAGAUUUCUCUCUUUAAAAUAGAUAUAUAUUUCCUUGGACUAUUGUGACCAUAUUUGUGGCCAUUAAGGUUUGUGUGAUUUUGCUAAAAUGCAUCACCAACAGCGAAUGGCUGCCUUAGGGACGGACAAAGAACUGAGUGAUUUACUGGAUUUCAGUGCGAUGUUUUCACCUCCUGUGAGCAGUGGGAAAAAUGGACCAACUUCUUUGGCAAGUGGACAUUUUACUGGCUCAAAUGUAGAAGACAGAACUAGCUCAGGGUCCUGGGGGAAUGGAGGACAUCCUAGUCCAUCCAGGAACUAUGGAGAUGGGACUCACUAUGAUCACAUGGCAAGCAGGGACCUUGGGUCACAUGACAAUCUCUCUCCUCCUUUUGUCAAUUCCAGAAUACAAAGUAAAACUGAAAGGGGGUCAUAUUCAUCAUAUGGAAGAGACUCAAAUUUACAGGGUUGCCACCAGCAAAGUCUCCUUGGAGGUGACAUGGAUAUUGGCAACCCAGGAGCUCUCUCACCCACCAAACCUGGCUCUCAGUACUAUCAGUAUUCUAGCAAUAACCCCCGAAGGAGGCCUCUUCACAGUACUUCUAUGGAAGUACAAACAAAGAAAGUUCGAAAAGUUCCUCCAGGUUUACCAUCAUCAAUUCAGCAGAAAAGCCACAGACUGAAUAAGCGUGAAACUGAACGGCGAGACUGGUGCUUCCAGGUUUAUGCCCCGUCAGCAAGCACUGCUGACUACAAUAGGGAUUCACCAGGUUAUCCAUCCUCAAAACCAGCAGCCAGCACUUUUCCUAGCUCCUUCUUCAUGCAAGAUGGUCAUCACAGCAGUGACCCAUGGAGCUCAUCCAGUGGGAUGAAUCAGCCUGGUUAUGGAGGAAUGUUGGGCAAUUCUUCUCAUAUUCCACAGUCUAGCAGCUACUGCAGCCUGCAUCCACAUGACCGUUUGAGCUACCCAUCACACUCCUCAGCAGACAUCAAUUCCAGUCUUCCUCCGAUGUCCACUUUCCACCGUAGUGGUACAAAUCAUUACAAUGCUUCUUCCUGCACGCCACCUGCUAAUGGAACAGACAGUAUAAUGGCAAACAGAGGAAGUGGGGCAGCAGGCAGCUCACAGACUGGUGAUGCACUGGGGAAAGCACUUGCCUCUAUCUAUUCUCCAGAUCACACCAACAACAGCUUUUCAUCAAAUCCUUCAACUCCUGUUGGUUCUCCCCCUUCUCUCUCAGCAGGCACAGCUGUUUGGUCUAGAAAUGGAGGGCAAGCAUCAUCAUCUCCCAAUUAUGAAGGUCCCUUACACUCUUUGCAAAGCCGGAUUGAAGACCGUUUGGAAAGACUGGACGAUGCUAUUCAUGUUCUCCGGAACCACGCAGUGGGGCCUUCAACAGCCAUGCCUGGUAGUCAUAGCGACAUGCAUGGAUUAAUAGGGCCUUCUCACAAUGGAGCAAUGGGAGGUCUUGGGUCAGGAUAUGGGACAGGCCUUCUUUCAGCCAAUAGACAUUCACUAAUGGUUGGAGCUCAUCGUGAAGAUGGUGUCGGUCUGCGUGGCAGCCAUUCGCUUGUGCCAAAUCAGGUUCCAGUUCCACAGCUACCAGUUCAGUCUGCUACUUCCCCUGAUUUAAAUCCACCCCAAGAUCCUUACAGGGGUAUGCCAACUGGACUGCAAGGGCAGAGUGUAUCUUCAGGCAGCUCUGAAAUCAAAUCUGACGAUGAAGGAGACGAAAACCUUCAGGACACAAAAUCUUCUGAGGACAAGAAACUAGACGAUGACAAGAAGGAUAUCAAAUCAAUUACUAGGUCAAGAUCUAGCAAUAACGAUGAUGAAGACCUUACACCAGAGCAGAAGGCAGAGCGAGAGAAGGAAAGGCGAAUGGCCAACAAUGCUCGUGAGCGCCUACGCGUGCGUGACAUCAAUGAGGCUUUCAAGGAGUUGGGCCGGAUGGUACAACUCCAUCUGAAGAGUGACAAGCCCCAAACCAAACUCCUGAUUCUACACCAGGCUGUGGCUGUCAUCCUCAGCUUAGAACAGCAAGUCAGAGAAAGGAAUCUGAAUCCUAAAGCAGCAUGUCUGAAAAGAAGGGAAGAAGAGAAAGUGUCUUCAGAUCCCCCUCCACUUUCCUUGGCAGGACCCCAUCCUGGGAUGGGAGAUGCAUCCAAUCAUAUGGGACAGAUGUAAAAAGGUCCAAGUUGCCACAUUUCUUCAUUUAAACAAGAGACCACUUCCUUAACAGCUGUAUUAUCUUAAUCCCACAUAAACACUUCUCCUUAACCCCUUUUUUGUAAUAUAAGACAAGUCUGAGUAGUUAAGAAUCACAGACGCAAGAGAUAUCAGCAUUCCCGAUUAUUAAACAAAAGCAAAAAGUGCAACUUGAGGGACGACUCUCUUUAACAUAUCAUUCAGAAUGUUUAAAGCAGUAUGUUACGAGCUGUAAAUGCACAGCCUAGAGACUGAAUGGCAAUCUUCUCCACACUGUGGGACAAUGCAUUUGUGCCUAAACUUCUUUUGGAAAAAAAAUAUAAUUAAUUUGUAAGUCUGAAAAAAAAUAUUUAAUUUAAAAUUGUAAACUUGCAAUAAUGAAAAAGUGUACUUCUGAAGAAAAAAAUGAACGUUUCUGUUGGUGUGCUAGACAGCUAGUGUUUAUACUUACUGGAUAGUAAAAGGGAAGCUUUGCUGCCCAGAUAUUUACAAAACCAGCAAACGUCCUAAUGAAAACUGAAGUGAUGACAUUAGCCAUUCCUUAGGGUAGGAGGAACAGAUGGAUCUUAUAGACCUAUGACAAAUAUAUAUAUAUAAAUAUAUAUAUAAAUAUAUAUUAAAAAUUUAGUGAAUAUGGUAAGCUUUUGUUCAUUUGUUUCAGACUUUUUUGCUCCUGUAAAAAAAUAGUACUGAUUAACUUUUUUAAAAAGAAGAUUUUACUGUAAAUAAGGAUUUUUUGGUCUUAUUUCUGUCCCGCUCCCCUGUUUUUGUUAUUGUAACCUGUAGUGCCAACUCUGUCUCUGGAGGGGUAGUGCAGGCUGAAACGCUGACCCUGACGUUGCUUCUCAUUCAUAAGUAGGUAGAGAGUUGUUUCUCCAGUCUUUUAGGAACACAGGACUUUAAAGUCUCACCAUGUGUAGAUAUUACAGGCUGCAUUACUGAGACGUGGCAAAAUGAGUUUGUCUGAAUCGUAAUGUUGCUCUUGUUGACCCUGUUCUGGGAUUUUCAGAGGUACAAGGUUAGAAUGCUACAAUGUUACCACUGUGCCUUCCAAUGUUUAUAUCAUCAGAAACAUUACAUAAUCAAAGUGGCUGUGAUUUAACAAACCAAUUAAAGUGUUACCUAUGUGUGUAGCCUAAAUAGUGUGCAGUGAGGCGUUUCUGAAUACACGGUCAGAUUUUUUGGGGGGUGGGGAAAAAAAAUCAAUUGGGAAAAUUGCAAGCAGUGUGACCGAUUUGAUUGACUUCCUUUUUUCAUUCUUUUCUUGUUUUCAAGUGGAUUACUUAAAUGUAGACCACUUGCUGCCUCCUCCUUCAUUUGCAAAAUGCCAAUAUUCAGUCAUCAUGCAACAUUAUAACAAGCCUUAUGAGUCCUAAAGCAUUAAGUUGCACUUUCUUGAGGAGGAGGUAGGUGGGUGGUACAGUAUUUCUCUGGCCAGUAUGAAUGAAGUUUUUACUUAACAUAUUUAAUAGUAACAUAGAUCAAACUAUGGCACAGCAACUCAUCAGACAACUAGCUUUGAAGUCUGGGCACAACUGAACCAACUUCCAUAGUGGAUCUUAUAAUGAUUGACUUUGGUGUACAGUACAAUUAACAGAUAGUGCUCCUAGUUAAGUAUUUGUCAGCAUCCUUUUGUCUCUAAUUCUAGUUUCUAUUUUUACAGCCACACAAACCUGGCAUGUAUUUUAAAUAAAAUCUCCCUGUUCAAGUAGAUUUUCCACCUAUCAGCACUGAGUAAAUGCCAUAAAUCCAUCAAAACGGUCUAAAUGUUCCAUCUGUUCUCCUGUUUUGCCAGUUAUAUAGUAAUGAAAAAUACAUUUGUAAAUUUUAUGCAACAAAUGGCAAGCGUAUCAUUAUUUUGAAAUCGUGUAUGUAAAAGUUAUAUUUUUACAUGUAGACUCUUGUUAUUAUGUGUUUUAAUACAUUGUAUCAGUUUUUUGUUUAAAAACAAUCUGUGUGGUUGAAAAAAGUCUCAUUUAAAUGAAAUAGUGAGAUACAAGAAUCUGAAUUUUGUUUGUUUCUGAAAACGUAAAGAACAAAUAUGAUAGUUAACAUGUGAUCACCUACAUACCCCUAAACAUUUUGAUUAGCUGCGUGCGUGUUGAAACCUGUAAAUAUGUUUAGUAGUGGGAAAAUUUAAAAUGCUUUGAUUUGUUGAUAAGUUUCUCAAAUGUGGAGGUGGAUUACGCCAUUAGGUAUACACAAUAGAGCAGCAGGCACAAGGUUUAAUUCAGAAUUACAAAUGAAUAUUAUUUUUAAAAUGCUGGACUUUUAACAGGCCUGGUUUAUAUGAAAAUGGCUGUGAUAAAGAUUAAUCUCACUCAUUGUUAAUGAUAACUAUGCUUUUGAGUGCUGGAAUAAAUUGCCUCGGGAGGUUGUAGACUCUCCAUCUCUGGUGAUAUUUAAGAGUAGGUUAGAUAAAUGUCUAUCAGUAUUUGAUCCUGCCAUGAGGCAGGGGACUGGACUCGAUGACCUCUCGAGGUCCCUUCCAGUCCUAGAAUCUAUGAAUCUAUCCUUAAGGUUUCUCUUUAUCAGUAUCAUGUGCAUUGAUACUGUCUAUGAUAUGAAGAGUGAAACAACAAUGAACAAACCAUAUUUUUUGCAGGCAAAUUAUAACCCAGCAGAUCAUAUUCACUUUUAUCUAUACAUGUACACAUCAGGUUUAGGGAAUGAAAAUAGCCCUUUGACUAUUGGAGAAUUUUAAGAGUGUGGUUUCUGAUAACUAUUAUCAGAAAAUGCAUUAUAAAACCAAAUUAAUGUUAACUCUUAAAAAAUCUGAACAAAAAUAAAUGUUUGCCUUUAUUGACAUUUUUAAUAAAACUUGGAGUGAGGGUUUUCUUUGUAUUUUUUGUCUUUACAUUUGUCUCUCACUCAAAUUGAGUAGGAGUUUCAGUUUUUAGCCACCAGUUUUGGUGAACUGUAUCACUCAAUAAGGUGGUGAUUUUAUAGCAAACUUCCUUUUUAGAAAUAAAAUAGCCUUCAUCCACACUAGGUUUAACUGUGCGGAUGCCUCGAUACCACUCAGAUUCUGGAUAGUCUGAGAUUAAAAAGAAAAAAAAUGAACAAGCAAGUGUGUAGUGUUUGAAUUUUUUUUUCUUUUCAUUAUUUCCCAUCCCAAGGGAGGAAUUAUUGUCCCAUGCUGGAUUUGUCACAGGUUUUUAGCUGAUGACACUAACAUUGUAGAAGGCUGUGUAUUAUAUGGUAAUAAACCUGGCUUAGAAGCAAUGACUAAAAUAGCAGCUUUUUAAUAAAUGAUCCACCUCCACAUUCAAGUAAUUUAUGACUAUGCUGAAUAGGGAAUCUGUUCAUCUAGAACUUUUUAACCAUUUGUCUUCUGUGUAGCUGCAAGGAACACUAACGUUUAUACAACUGUCAGUCCUACCAGUGAUGCAACUUGUACUGAUUCAGUCUUCCGAUUUUUGGGGGGGUGGGAGAGGAUGGGGAGUCAGGGAGAGGAAAGUUUCAUCUUUGUAUCCACCAGGCAGAAUCUGAUCUGUGUCAAGAAGUGAACUAUACAGUAUAUUGCCAGGAAUGAAGAGAUUUUGGCGGAAACAAGCACAAAAAAUAAAAAUUAGUCCACUGGUUGACUGGGGGUGGGGGGAGUGGAAUAUGAUUAAUUCCAACACAUGGGGCACCAUGGCCUUUUGGGGCCUAUCUUUUUGUUUUGUUUAUGUUUUGUUUGUUUUUUAAAGACAUGUUCUUUCUCAUGGGACUUGAAGUUGAUUCAUAUUUGUGCAGUGCUGGUUUGACCAUACUCAUUUCAAGUAUUAUAGACUUAUGUAAUGGUGAAAAUAUAUGAACUGUGGCCUUUUUCAUUCUUGUUACUUGUGAUGCAAUUAAGUGAAGAUAAGAAAAAAAAACA